AUGUACUGCUUUAAAACAUGUGGUAAAGUUUUUAGAAGUAUUUUCCUAUCAAAGAAUUUAGUGCAUAAAAAUAUGAAACAUGUUUAUUAUUUAACUACUAGCAGUGUCUUUGGGCAUCCAGGACCGCAUGAUGCGUACUACAAUUACUUUUUAAAUUUACCGUUUCCGAAAAAUAAAAUUUUUGCCACCUAUGUAUGGAUUGAUGCUAGUGGGAUAAAUUUACGGUCUAAAGACCGAAUAUUGGAUAAGGAGCCUUGUGAUUUAGAAAUGGUGCCGAAAUGGUCGUAUGACGGGAGUUCAACUGGACAUUCAACUGGACAGUCAGAUCUGAAGGAUUCAGAUAUUACACUACUUCCCGUUGCAGUGUACAGAGAUCCUUUUCGUAAGAGUCCGCAUAUAAUCGUUUUGUGUGAAACAUAUUCUAGUGAAGGUUUACCGACCCCCACAAACCACAGAGUAUCAUCAGCUAUAACCUUGAGUAAAAUUUGUGACCAAGAACCAUGGUUUGGUAUAGAACAAGAAUACACAAUGUUCGAUCGUGAUCAUUGGCCUUUGGGAUGGCCCAAGCCACGAGGGUAUCCAGACCAAGAUUCUAAGAAUUCUUACUGUGGUGUAGGUGAACAUGUAGCCGGGAGAGAAAUUGCUGAGUGUCAUGCCAGAGCUUGUAUCUAUUCUGGCAUGGAUUACGACGGAUCCAAUGCAGAAGUAAUGAAUGGAUCGUGGGAAUUUCAAGUAGGACCUACAUUAGGAAUAAAGGCAGCUGACGAUAUUUGGAUAGGUCGGUAUCUUCUAAAUCGAAUAGCAGAGCAUUUCGACGUUAUAAUUAGCUUUCAUCCUAAGCCAAUGGGAGAUGGACAUGCUGGCAUAGGAUGUCAUCAUAAUUUUAGUACAAAGAAAAUGCGUGCCGAUCAAGGUGUCACAGAAAUAAAAAGGAUUUGCAAAAUUUUAUGCGAUCAACAUGAAAAUAUCAUUAAAAGCUAUGAUUUAAAAGAUGGCGAAGAUAACAAGAAGAGGUUGGUAGGAAAAUUUGAAACAUCAUCAUAUGAUUCGUGUCGUGUAGGCAUUUCUGAUAGAAGUGCGUCGAUACGAAUUCAGAAAAAAGUUAUAUCAGAAGGCAAAGGAUACUUUGAAGAUCGAAGACCUGCAGGCAACUGUGAUCCGUACAUGGUUUGUGGCUUAAUUGCUAAAACAUGUAUUUGA